UGAAAAGCGUCUCUCUGAGCCGUCGGUGGAAAGCCCGACACGGACUGAAAACAUACGAGCCGAGCCUGGCCGGACCUCGGGCGAACUUGUCUGGAUACGAUUAAAAAUAUACAUAUCGAUUUAAAAAAAAAAACCCAAUAUUCAGCUCGGGAUUUUUUUAUUUUUAUUUAUUUAUUUGUUUAGUUUGAAAGCCGGGGGAAGCUGUUUUUGGUGGAGGAGGUUGGGGAAACGACAACCUACUCCUGUCAGCUAACUUCCAGACCACGGCAGGUCGCUGCCUAUGUYUUCACCGAGCUCAGCGGUUUGACUCCCGGCCCCUCCAGCCGUGCCCCGAUGCUGAGGAAUGGACAGCGUGUCUGCUAAAGGUGGGAACAUGGUCGAGAGUGAUGAGCAGCCGGAGAGGAGGGACCACGGCGGCGGCGCAGCGACCAUGGCCGCGCUGCAUCAAUGCGAACUCAUCCAGAAUAUGAUUGAUAUCUCCAUCUCCAGCUUACAGGGGCUACGGACCAAAUGCGCCGCGUCCAACGACCUCACGCAGCAAGAAAUCCGCACUUUAGAGGUGAAGCUGAUGAAAUACAUCUGUAAACAGCUGCAGUGCAAGCAGAAAGUGCCCGGGACGGAGAGGCCCGAGGCCCUGGACAGCUACCCACGCUUGCGAGACUGGCUGCGCACCGUCAACCUGCGGCCGGCGCUCAUCGAGACAUUAGAAGCAAAGUUGUCUCUGGACUCCUUACUGCUGAUGACCAGUGCUCAGGUCAGAGAUACAAUGCGAAGACUUGGAUCUACUUCAGAAGAAUGUGCUAAACUCAGCGCUGCCCUCUCCUGUCUGAAGAGUGCCACUGAAUCAGGAGGGGAACUAAGAGAUGACGGAGUCUCCUGGAUCUCUGAGCCCACCAGGAGGGACAGUGGCUCUCUACUGACUGCAGAUCAGCUAACCAACUUUGGAACUCCCCUUCGCUCCCACAGCCCGUCGCCUCUAGCCCGCCCAUCAGCCAUCCACUCCACCCCGUCUACCCCGAGCGCUACCUUCCCCCAUCCCCGCUCCGGCUCCGUCUCGACGGCGCCCACGCCGGAAGCGCUGGCGUCCUACGUCCACGGCGGAGGCUCGCUCGCGGAUCCCUUCCCCGUGCCUUUGUAUCGCGCCGCUCGCAUGCAGGGACGCAUCUCCACGCCGCCCGUCACGCCGCCCUCCAAAAGGCGGCACCGGCCGAAGCCGCCGUGUACGCCGCCGCCUCCGUCCCGCAAGGUGCUGCAUCUGUUUCCCAACAUCUCUCUGACACGCAGCAAAAGCCACGAGUCCCAGCUGGGUAAUCGCAUCGAGGAUCCGCCCACUAACAAGUGCGGUAAAAAGACUAAGUUAUUCCUGAAUAUGCAAGUGAACGGGAACGGCUGCGAAGACUCGCCUUCCCGUUACCCCGUUCUGUCCGCACGGACCCCCGGAGUUACUCCCACCACAGCACCAUACACCCUGCCGGGGACGCCCACACUAAUAGAGGAGCACAGUGUAGUCAAGAAUAAUGUAGCAGUCCAUCGUAGCUCCCCACAAGCAGUGAGGAGGGACAUAGGCUUAGCAGUCACACACAGGUUUUCUACCAAGUCCUGGUUGUCUCAGACGUGUCAAGUGUGCCAGAAGAACAUGAUGUUCGGGGUGAAGUGCAAACACUGCCGAUUAAAGUGCCACAACAAAUGCACAAAGGAGGCUCCAUCAUGCAGAAUCUCUUUUCUACCUAUUGCCAAGAUUAGAAGGACUGAGUCAGUUCCUUCUGAUAUUAACAACCCUGUUGACCGGCCACAAGACACCCCACAUUUUGGUACACUACCAAAGGCCAUCACAAAAAAGGAUCAUCCUCCUGUGAUGAACCAGCUGGACUCCAGCAGCAACCCAUCCUCCACGACUUCAUCCACACCUUCCUCCCCAGCACCCUUCCAGCAGAGCAACCCUCCCAGUGCCACGCCGCCGCCCAACCCCUCGCCCAAAGGCCACAGGGACAUCCGCUUCAACUUCCCUGCUGCGUGUUACUUUCAGCACAGACAGCAGUUUAUCUUCCCCGAUGUUUCCAGUCCUUCAAGUUUGUACUCUGAUGUCCUUCAAGACACAGUCAACGAGAUAGAACCGUCUACAGAUGACGUUCACGCUGAGCUGGUGGAAGACGAAGAUGAAGAGGAAGCCGAGGAGGACGGCGACGAUCCCGAAGCGGAGGAGGRGAACGAGGACGACGACGAGGGAAAUGACGACGACGGCGGGGAGGACGGGGAGCGGGCGAGGGCGAACGUGGGCUCCGACGGCGAGUGCGACGAGCUGGAYGAUCUCCCCUGCUCCCGCGGGAACCAGUGGAAGGGCCCCAUCUCCCGCAAACCCAGUCAGACCAGCGUCUACCUGCAGGAGUGGGACAUUCCUUUCGAGCAGCUGGAUCUCGGAGAACUCAUAGGAAAGGGCCGGUGGGGCAGAGUGCACAAGGGCCGGUGGCACGGCGAGGUCGCCAUUCGACUUCUYGAGAUUGACGGUAACAAUCAAGACCACCUGAAGCUCUUUAAAAAGGAGGUGAUGAACUACAGGCAGACCAGGCAUGAGAAUGUGGUCCUCUUUAUGGGGGCCUGCAUGGCUCCACCUCACUUAGCCAUCAUUACCAGUUUCUGUAAAGGGAGGACGUUGUAUUCUGUUGUUCGGGACAGUAAGAAUAAUCUGGAUAUUAAUAAAACAAGACAAAUCGCUCAGGAGAUUGUAAAGGGAAUGGGCUAUCUGCACGCCAAAGGCAUCGUUCACAAAGACCUGAAGUCCAAGAACGUUUUCCACGACACCAAUAAAGUCGUGAUCACAGAUUUCGGGCUGUUUGGGAUCUCUGGAGUUGUUCAGGAGGGAAGGCGUGAGAACAAGCUAAAACUUCCACACGGCUGGAUUUGUUACCUCGCGCCAGAGAUUGUGCGCAAGAUGAGCCCCGGUAACAACGAUGACCGCCUUCCUUUUUCCACCGCAGCAGACGUGUACGCCUUCGGGACAAUCUGGUAUGAGCUUCAAGCGAGGGACUGGCCGAUCACCAACCAGCCUGUUGAAGCCACCAUCUGGCAGGUUGGGAGCGGAGAGGGCAUAAAGAAGGUUUUGGCAGAGAUCAACUUGGGCAAGGAGGUCACGGAGAUCCUCUCUGCCUGCUGGGCCUACGAGCUGAGGGAGAGGCCCACCUUCAUCCAGCUGGCCGACAUGCUGGAGAGGCUGCCCAAACUCAACCGCAGGCUGUCCCACCCAGGACACUUCUGGAAGUCUGCAGAGUUGUAGCCGUCACUCUGAAACAUAAGCAAUGCAAAACAAAAGCCUGGGUCUGCCUUGCAUGCUCCUGAAACCUUAACUUUUUACAGGAUCGAUCAGCCUCCGCCUGAACCGGGCGCCGCUUCCAACUAAUCUGCAGUCUGAUCUUCCUCGUCUAACCGUGUGUCUGUCCGCGUCUCAAAUCUCUCUUUGCCUUCUUGGUUUUGCUUCUCUAAUGUCACGUUUGGGACUCGGAGGCUUGUGGAUAACUGGCUUAUGGUGUCUGUGCUGAGGCUGACUGGCGUGCUGUGGGUCCGUGCCUGCUGAUGGGCUGCCCCCCCUMCUCCUCUUUCUGCUGCUGCUGCUGUGAUGUGAUGUGGUUCUCACCGAGGUCCUGUCCACAAGGCGCCUUUUUUUUUUCUUUCUGAAACACACACACACACAUAAAGACGCUGCUGGACAUAAAAUGGACCCAAUCACUGAAUGGACCACUUCAUUUAUCAGCAUUUCCCCCCGGAGGGCUCGACACAUGUUGGACAGGCUGCUUGAGUGACGCUCUCAAACCAACUGCCUCUCGCCUCCCUUCACUCUCUUUGCUUUUUUAUUUUUUCUGGCUUGUAUAAGGGCAUGUGCACCAGCCUAUGUCUGAACACAAUAUGCACUUUGUCAUCAAGCGAAAAAAAAAAUAACUAUAAACUUUUAUUUUUGAAUUUUGUUUUGCAUGAGGAGAUUUGUUGUGUUUCAAUGGUUUCCUUCUCCAGGAGGCAGAACAGUGCGAUAUGCUCGCUUGUUUCUUUUUAUUUAUUUUUUAUUGAAGUACAGUCUGAUGAAUCACUUUUUAUUGGAUGCAUUUAAAAACAGGUCACAAACUAAGAUGCAUGUGCAAAGAAAACAUGCAUCRAAACUAAGUGAAUUCACUAAAGUGAUUCCAAUCUGUGCAGAAAAAAAACAAAAACAAAGAUCCUUGCUGGUGCAAAUGUGUCCCAACAUUCUCCCCCAAAAGUMCCUCCUCUCCUGUGCGCUGUUUGUGAUUUCUGGCUUUGGAUUGCAGGCUUGUAUUUAUGUUUUUAUUUAUGUGGUUGGUUUGUUUUUAUUUCCCUGUGGGUGCAUGUGAACCUGGGUGAGCCAACGAUGCUGGAGUACGUAGAUUUUUUUUUGUGAAAGAGUGCUCUAAAUGUGUUGCAAAAAUCUAAUGUGUGUAAUGUACAUACGUUAUUUAAUCUAUAGCAAAUUAACACAGUUCUAUUUGUAAAAACCUUUUUAUAUGUAAAAUACAUCAUGUUUUUGAAAAGGUACUACUGUUCUUACAGAUGUGUACAUAUAUAAUAUAUAUUUAUAUUUUUUCAUGUAUAAAAUACUGUAUAAAGCUGUACGUUUUUUAAGGAUGGGCCAGUUCAUGUUUUUUAUGUUGUAAAAAUUCAUAUUUUUGUAUUGCAUGUGACAACCACUCUGUAAAUGCGACUUAUGUUUUCAUCCAUGAGGACAAUAAAACAGGCUUGUCAUGUAUGAACGAGUAGAUGCUGUCACUCGAUGACUUUGGGGCUGUGGACGAUCGGUGGUCAGUGCUGCGGUCUCUGCAGGUUGGAGUCAAGGUUGCAUCUGGCAUAAAAGAAUUGUCUAAUUUUUUUAAUGUGUAUUUGCUUGCUGUKGUGAACUUUGCAGAAGGGAGCAGCCAAAACAACGAUGAACUGACUUCAACAAAACUCUUCAAAAGAACCACACCACACUUGACUUUGUGUAGUGAUCCCAGUAUGCAUUUUGAAUGUAUCAUGAAUAAAAAGUUCGCUGAAAUUAUAAAUUAA